CCCUGCCAACUGCCGAGGCCUUCAUUCCCCUCCACUGGCACCGUCGGAAGAACUUCCCGCCCGCAACGCUGUCGUCUUUGGGUCGAGAUCCAUGCCCGGUGGCCAUCAACAAGAGAAGACUGAGUGAGCCAUGGAUCUGGCCAUGGGGGCCAUGGGCUCCCUCCUCCCCAAGCUGCUCGAGGUCAUCAAGGACGAGUACAACCUACAGAAGGAAGUUAAGAAAAAGGUCGAGUCCUUCUCUGCUGAGCUGAAAGCUAUGCAAGCUGCCCUUGGCAAGGUGGCAGAGGUGCCGCCGGAUCAACUCGAAGACGAGACCAAGGUUUGGGCUAACGAAGUUAGGGAGCUGUCUUACGAAAUGGAGGAUGUCAUCGACUCUCUCCUUGUGCGUGUUGUGGGCUGUGACCCCAACCCCAAUGAUGAGCAGAACAGGCUCGAGAAGCUCUGGGUCAGCUUCAAGAAGCUGUUUAAAAGGGGCAAGGCAAAACAUCGGAUUUCCACAGAUAUUGAAGAGAUUGACAAGCAGUUGCAGAAAGUCGCCAUCCGACACGAAAGGUAUAAAACUCCUAAUCUACCUGCAGCCACAAGGGCCACCCUUGAUCCUUUCUUGGAGGUUCUCUAUGGAGAUAAGAAGAAUAUCAUCGGCCUAGAGGAAGCAAGGAACGAUAUUAUCAAGAAGAUCACUGAGGGUGACUGUAAGCAACUCAAGACACUCUCUAUUGUUGGAUUUGGAGGAUUGGGCAAGACUACGCUUGCCAAAGAAGUAUAUGAUGCCCUUGCAACAAAAUUUGAACACAAAGCUUUUGUGUCUGUGUCUCGGAAUCCCGACAUGAAGAAAGUAUUAAGCGAUCUUCUCUUUAAACUUGACAAGAAAAUACAUGCUAGUCAUAAUGCAGAAAAUUUGGCAGUAGAGAAGCUUAUCAUCCUAAUUAAAGAAUUUCUUAGCAACAAAAGGUACUUUAUAAUUCUCGAUGAUUUGUGGGAUAAAAAAGCAUGGAAAGAAAUCAGUUAUGCACUUGCCGACAAUGAGUGUGGAAGUAUAAUAAUCACUACAACCCGCCAUGUUGAGAUCUCUAAGGAAUGUUGCUCUUCUAAAGAUGGUAUGAUUCAUAAGAUGAAAUCUCUCUCUGAUGAUGACUCGCAAAAACUUUUCUAUGGAAGAAUAUUUCUAAGUGAGGUGUGUCCUUCUCGGUUUGAGCAAGUAUCCAAAGAGAUCUUGAAGAAAUGUGCAGGGGUACCAUUAGCCAUCAUUAGUCUGGCUAGUUAUUUGGCUAACAAUCAGAACAGAGACCAAAUUGAUAAAUGGGAAGCUUUGCUCACUUCUAUUGGCCGUGGACUUAAAAAUGAUGAUGAUCAUGUGGACGAGAUGAAGAUGAUAUUAUUAUUGAGCUAUUACGAUCUCCCUUCCUAUUUGAAAACAUGCCUUUUAUAUCUAAGUAUCUUUCCUGAAGAUCAUCAAAUUAGCAGAGACCGGUUGAUAAGGAGAUGGAUUUGUGAAGGUUUUAUCCAAGUAAAAGGUCAAACCAGCCCACUUGCAGAAAAUCAGCCCAGUCUCCUUGAGCUAGGAGAUGCCUACUUCAACGAGUUAGUAAACAGGAACAUGAUCAUGCCGAUAAACAUACAUGGUGGUAGGGUUGAAGCUUGUUGUGUACAUGAUAUAAUGCUGGAUCUUAUAUGUGAAUUAUCAAGCGAAGAAAACUUUGUUACUAUACUAGAUUUUAUCAAGGGAGACACACCUUUGGAAAAGAAGUUCCGCAGGUUGUCCCUCCAAAAGGGCAUGACAGAUCCCACCACUACUCGGAUGGCUACCACAAGCAUGUCACAAGUGAGGUCUUUUACCGCUUUUACUCCCUCUAUCAGUAAGAUUCCCUCUCUUUCUAGAUUUCAAGCUUUACGUGUAUUCGAUCUGGAAGGUUGUGAUCUUGGAGGAAGUCCUGGUGUUGACCUUAGGCAUGUUGAGAACUUGUUACAUUUGAGAUACCUAGGGUUAAGGGGCACAAAGGUUGGCAAUCUCCCUAUGGAAAUAGGAAAGCUACCGUUUUUGCAGACACUAGACUUGCAAUGGACCAAUUCAAACGAGUUGCCGUCCAGUGUUGUUCAGCUGAGGCAUUUGGUGUGCCUAAUCCUUGAUUUAGGUAUGCCACUACCAAACGGGUUCAGCAACCUGACAUGCCUUGAGCAGCUGACGGGACACGGGGUGGGCAUUUUUUCUGCAGACAGUGCUAUAGAGUUGGGCCAUCUGAGCAGGCUAAGGCAGCUCACUUUUCGAUGGGAUUCAAGGCAAGAUGCCUUAGAUUUUAUGAAAAUUGAUAAAGCUUUGAUUCAGUCCCUAGGCAAGCUGCACAACCUCGAGAGUCUGGAGAUCUCCGGUGCUGGUUCUUGGGUUGUUGGUCUUAUGCAGGAUUGGGUGCCGUCUCCAAACCUCCGUAGGCUUAAAUUUGACGGAUAUCGAUAUUUCAAGAGCUUGCCUAAAUGGAUUUGUUCUUCGUCGCUUCCCCUACUCUCCUACCUAGAUCUACAUGUCCAGAAAGUGCGCACCGAGGAUAUCCAGAUCCUUGGGAUGCUGCCGGCUCUCCGUUAUGUCACUCUCAUGGGUGAGCUCAACAAAGGCAGAAACUCAGUGGAGAAGUUAGUGCUUAGCACCGGUGCCUUUCCGGAGGCGAGGGUGUGCCUUUUCCACAAUCUUAUACUGGUGGACCAUAUCUUCCAACCAGGAGCUAUGCCAAUGGUUCAACGCCUUCGCUUCGGUCUCCGAGUGCAGGACAUGGACAGCCCUGACUUCGAUUUGAGCAUAAGGAACCUUCCUUCGCUCAAGCAACUAAGAAUUGACCUCCUCAAUGACGGAUCCAUGCCUUAUUCUGAAGCUGUGGAUGUGCUGAGGCGUGUGGCGGAUGGCCAUCCCAAAAGUCCCACCCUUCACGCUGAUAAAUUCUUCCAAAUAGGAUGAUGCAGAGGCCAAGUCGAGCCGAGCGAUAAACAAAAUCCCGUGUCCUUAAGCUAGCAGGAGGUGGUGAUUCCAUCGGCAUCGACUCUCUAUCGUGUCAUCAAGAUGAAGUUCUGUGAGCUUUUGAAUGUACUGUUUAUUUUCUGAAUCUGGUUUGCUCAGUGUGUAAUAAAGCUAGUUUGGUGGUGCGCCAGGUUUUUUGUCUCUUAGGUUAUGUUCCCAGCGAGCAUAACUAGAGGGUUUUCCUGGUGUGCGUCGAACUCAGCGAACCUAUUUCCCUUUCUA